CUUGUAUGAACUUUAUCAAAUUGUACAAUUUAAUCACUCACCCUUGAUAACUACAUUAAUUGCUGAUGCCAAUGCAAAUACUGGUGUAUUAUUAGAUCUUGAAAACGAAUUAAAGGAUGUGAUAGACACAAUUACA